GGGACCGCCCCAGUCUGGCGCGUCGUUGCCACUUUCGUUUUGUUUGGGUUUGUCUGGACUACGAAACUUUGCAUUAUAGUGAAAUAGGAGACAGGUUAAAACAAUCAUCAAGUUAUAAUGUAGAAUAUUCCGCUUUUUUAUCGCCUUUAUUAUCAUAAUCGAGUGCCAACAUUUUGGAGUUACGACCGGUUCUUCCCCUGCUCAAAUGAGAGAGAAGGGAAGUAAAGACGAAACUUAAAGGCAGACACAGAUCAAGCCGUCCAACAAAGUAGGUAGGAGAAGUUAGGGCUAGCUCUACUUCAACAAUGUAUAAAAUAGCGUAAUAUCAGACAACUUAGUCCGAAAUUGUGCCAAUGUUUCAGCCUCUACCUCUCCAUUCCCUUUCGAUGCGUCGGUCCCCCAAUAACCAUUAGGUCGUUUCAGAGAGAUUGGGAGGUGUUUGGAGAGAGAGAGACUGGGUUGAUGGACCCGUCGCGCAGCGGUUCCGAGAGGGAGGGUGAGCUAAUGGUGAAGGAUGAGUUCGCCUGCGCCGGUACGUUGCGGGAUUCUCUAACGUCCCAGCGACAUUCAGUGGAGAAGAUAUUCCGGGUUUCAUUUGGGAUCGGGACCGACGAUGUGCCUCACAACGAUGGGCAGAUGUGGCUCAACUUGCGGGGUGCGAGCCACAAUGUGGCCGCUGCUAAGCUGUUUGUCCGAGGCCUGGUCAACGAGGAACAACAACAGGAAGUGCCGUACCCAGGGUUCCUGCACUGUGUGUUCUGCGGAGCCCAGGGGUUGUUCAUGGACUGCCUGAUCAAAAACACAUCCGCAUAUAUUGUGGUCGGCUCCCAUGGUUGCCUGCUUAUCUCUGGCCUCACAGAGCCAGUAGUACAGGCCUACUCCCUUAUCACAGACCUGUUGGAAAGGUUCCAUAUCACCCAGGACCAAUGCCCCGAAACAGGCAGCCGGGCCCUGGGAAAGUCCCUGGAUUCAAGCCGGGCCUUCAAUUGUCUGGUGAGGAAAUGGGAGGACAAGCAUACCCCGGAACUUCUAGCGCUCCCCGAGGCGGCCAAGCAGGGCCUGCUGGCCCUGGUGAAAGAGUCUGGUCUUUAUUCCAGCCCCGGUUCUUUGGAUCGUUCCUCAGAGUGUCUAGACCAACCAACGGGCAACGGUUCACCUAGCCCCGUGUCCGGGGGCCCCGCGAGACUGGGCUUGGAGUCGGGGAACAUCGCGAGCGCCCUCGCCUCCAACGCCCUCGCUCGUCUCGGGCCGGAAGGCGCCCGGGAUCCCGAUGGCCAGGAGGCGGAGCGUCGCCGAGCCGCGCCGCAUUUGGUGGCAGAGCACCCGUCGCCGGCUACAGAGCGACCUGGGUGGGGUCUCACAGGUCCCCCGGCGGAAGACCUCACACCCUGGGACGCGUCGGGCCCACCCGGGCACACGGCUGUCGGAAACGGGGGAAGAGGAGGAGGAGGAGGCGGCGGAGGAGAUGGAGCCGAGCAGGGCCCGGAGGAGGAGGAAGCGGUCAGGGCGGAGGCGCUCGAGGGGAAGGUGGAGGAGGAACCGGAGGAGGAACCGGAGGAGGAACCGGAGGAGGGGGAUACGGAGGACGGCGAGGCGGUGCUCUCCCUGGGCAGCCAGAAGGAGUUCCGGCUGCUGCUGAAGUUCUUCACGGCCAUGGGCUACACGGAGCAGGUGGUGAGGCAGGUCCUAGCCCGCACGGGUCCCAGGGAGGCCUCCCAGAUCCUGGACCUGGUGCAGCAGGAGCAGGACUGCAGCGACAGGAGCCCGGAGCCCGGAGACCGAAGCGGCCAAGUCAAGUUGAGUCCGAAGAGCGACCUGCCCAUAAUCGACUUCCUCAAUAGAAGGCGCCAGGCCCAGAGAAACUACCCCACGGAGACUGAGGUCGGUGAAGGGGGGACGGGUGAAAAAGGGAGGAGAAUGCGAAGUGAACCUUCCAGAGACGAGGGCCGGGGGGACCCGGAGGAGGACUUUGUCCUGGCGGUGGUGAAGAGGGCGGCCGCCAGCUGUGGCUACAAGGAGGAGAAGGUAGCGGAGGUCUACGGCAGCCUCCCCGACCUCUCCACCCACCAGCUGAUCCUCCGGCUGCAGCGGGAGGCGGGGACGCUGGGUGUGCCCAAGGAGGAGGGGGAAGAGGGGCUGCUGGAGUGGGAGGCGAGGAGGACGGGCCCCGGAGAGGAGGAAAGAGGCAGGCUAGGAGGUCACCUGACGCCCGCCCAAAUCGCCCCGAAAGAAAGGAAACCGAGCGUCGCGCUCCGACCUCAGGAACCUCUACCCAAGCCUUCCGUUUCCACGGCGACGCCGCCGCCGCCAGAGGUCAGGGGCCCCCCGCUGCUUACCUACCCCGCCACCGGCCUGGGUCCGGGACCUACCCCCCGCCAACUCCCCCACGCGGGUCAGAAGGCAAAAAAACCUGAAACUUCACCCCUGCUACCUUAUUCCCACCAACCCCAGCCCCAUGUCCCCUUCAUCUACCCCCAAGCCCCUGGCCACCUCCCCCCUACUGGCCAAAACAACAAAACCUCCAAUCCUUCGGCCGAGUUCCCCUACCCCUUCCCCCCGCCCGAUCCAGCUCACCAACACCAACCCCCCCUCCAUCUCCCCGGCCCGGCACUGAAGGAUCCGUCGCAGGGCUUCCUGGCGGCGCCUUGGUCGACAGGCGCCUUGGUCACCGGGGAGCAGCGCUUCCUGGAGGGUCUCCGGCAGACCUUUGACCUCCAGCUGCCUGCCCAACCCGGAGACCCCGGGCUGAGGAUGAUCAUCAUAGACGGGAGCAACGUGGCCAUGAGUCAUGGUCUGGGCCACUUCUUUUCGUGCCGUGGCAUCGCUCUGGCCGUCCAGCACUUCUGGACCCGAGGCCACCGACGGAUCAGUACCUUCCUGCCCCAGUGGAGGCAGAAACGAGACCCCAAGAUCAAAGAGCAACACUACCUGACGGAGCUUCAGGAGCUGGGGCUGCUCUCCUACACGCCCUCCCGGGAGGUGCUGGGGAAGAGGAUCAACUCGUACGACGACAGGUUCAUGCUGCAACUGGCCCAGACGAGCGACGGCGUCAUCGUUACCAACGAUAACCUGCGUGACCUCCUGGACGAGUCCCAGGCAUGGAUGGACAUCAUCAAAAAGAGGCUCCUUCAGUACACCUUUGUUGGUGAUCUCUUCAUGGUGCCAGACGACCCUCUUGGCCGAGGAGGGCCACACCUGGACCAUUUCUUACGCUCUGAGCAUUGGACUCCUUACCCGGGCAGCCACUCCUUCGCUGGCGUCGCCUCCCCUUUCCCCUCCUCCAAACUCCCACGAGCCAAGACGGAAGUCCUGCAGUACCGCGACCUGACACCGGGGGGAGCGGCUCCAGAGCCAGAACAGAGGGGGAUACGGGCGGCCGGCGGGAAGAAGAAGAGCGGGCCGGGCAGAGCUGCCAGCCCAGGAAAAGUCACCCGCAGUGGGGGUUGGAAGGCUGGUCCAGAGAGGGGCGUGGAUGAGACGGCCAGACUCAGGGACAGCCUGUGCCAGGUGUUCCCUGGUCAGGACAGCACGGUGGGCCUGGUUCUCCAGCGACACCCCACCGAGACGGACAUCAACUUCCUCUCACACUUUGUCUUAGAGCUGCAGAAAGGCUGAACGAUGUCAGUACGUUUUAAAAUGCUUGCGGGGGAAGCCCCCGGUUGCCUGAGUGCUAGACGCACAAGGACUUGGACCAAUGAUUGUGAAGUACUGUGUGUGUUACAUUUCGACAUGCACUGCACUGAAUUAUGAAUAUUGUGUUGAUGGCAUUGAGCGCUGACAAUGUUUACAAAUAACCCCAGUGGUUAAACUAGCUGAACAAACAAUUAGGUAGCUUAUGACCAAAUUAUCAAAAUGCACAGCAACAAACAGCUAGCCUGAGGCUUAACAACCAAAUAUUUAAUCUUUUGCUUCUAGCAAACUAGGGUAACACAACAAACAGCCUGCCGUUAAACUAGCAAAACACCCCAAAAAUAACUUGCCUGUGGCUAAACAAGGUAAACUCACUGUAUAUUUUCCUUUGCAUAUUGCAAGACGAUUUUAUGGAUUUUAUAUGAAUUUACGUAAAGCCUCAAUAUCAGUGAGCGCAGGAUUAGUGAUUUUAAUUUUUUUCUAAAACGCUUAAUUUUUCUAAAAUGUGGAGACGUGUUCGAUGAUACUACUUUAUUUGAAAUUCAAGUGCCUUAUUUCAAUUCCUAACAUAAAAAAAGUGUAAAGGGUCCGUUAAACCAGAGCCCGUCUUCCUAUUAGACAUUCUCUGGUUAUACGAAAGGACCACUGCAGCAGUGAGAACUUCCUGCAUUCCACCGUGAGAUAUGACCACAUGUCUGUUGGCCUCGUCUCUCUGGAAGCAUGAAGAAAUUCUCUGCAUUUGAUGAAAACAUAGACUUUUAUCCUUCAGAGUGGAUCAUUUUAUUUUUCUAAGAAUAAAUACAGCGAUAUAUAUAUUUUUUUAUUUUCUCUAAAGAGCAAUAAAUAAAUGAAAUAAAACAUAAUAGAUGACUUUAUGUUUUUGUUUACUUUGCGAGACAUACCAGGAGUAAAUGGAGUGUGGCUGUGAAGGUGAGCAGAGCCGUUCUCCCGAGUUCACGUCCAUGGAUGUGGGAGGGUUGCUGAGUUGCUCUCUUAGCCGACUGGGUUCCAUUUAUUCAAAACCACUCAUUUUAUCUUGAUAGUCUCUCACCUACCUACACAGAAACUCUUAACAAAUAAUGAUUUAGUAUUGUCGAAAUAAGGGAACUACUUUUCUCAGAGUAUCAACACAUCUACUGGGCACUCUGGUCUCCAUCCACAUCUACAGGAGCAGCAACUGCCAGCAACAACUACUUAAAUUGCAGACUAGGUGAGUCCAGACCAAUCCAUUUAAAACUUGUCUAGUUUAUAUGAAAAAAUUAACUGGACACGACAUGAAACAUGUCUUCAAAUAAAAACUAGACACGUUUAGUUCAUAUUUGAAGACAUGUUUCAUGUGUAUGUCAUUAUCAAACAAUACUCUUGCAUUUAUCACAUAUGUAUGCUUUUCCGUUGUUGCUAGCAAGCUAAUGCUACAUGCUUUUCGCUGUCAGCAUCGGCAACUUUUUGAGUGUAAUAUUGAGACGCUGUUUUUGCUUAUGCACACAAUGGCCUUCCCGCUGGAAGGAAACGUCUUUGUUAACCGAGAUCAACGUCAAACAAUCGUUCCUGUCUCUUAACGUGGAUCGUCGUUCUUUUCAGGUGCAGUAAGAGGUGAUCCCCAUGGAGCCCUGAGUCCUGUGGGGCUUCAUGUGGUGCUCGGGCCAGGGUGGUUGGUGUCUCCUGUGUCUAAUGUUUCAAAUUUAAGGUUGUUGGUCUCCUUCCUUCUCUUGCUUUAAAAUAAUCCUAGAAUUAUUUGAGAUUCAGGCCUGUGCUGUUUUUAAAUGAAAACUCAUCGUGUUCGAAUUUCCGCUGAAACAGUGGGUUCACUGGCUCUUUAAACUGUAAUGACAUUACUAACUAAGUACUUGUGUUGUGUGUGACGGAUACUAAGAGGCCAGAUAUGUCCUUGGUGACUAGAUAUGUCCUUGGCUCAUGUGAGGUGCCAUUCAAGAUUCAAGUAUUUAUUCGUCACAUGCUUAAUUUGAGAAACAAAAAGCAGUGAAAUGGGGAUUGCGACUGUAACUCCCAAGUUUAAUAAUAAUUGAAAAGUAAGAUCACCAUUCAUUCACAUAUCAAUUCCAGAGAUACUACCAGGCUAGGUGUCUGAGAAACCCAGAAGCUCAAGGCCACAAAAACAAGUGUAAUCUCCUACAGGAGGUCAGAAACAAGCCACCAACCAAGUUGUAAUGCCCACACAUAGCCACAAGGGACCAGCACCGAGUACACAUACGGGUAUCCAGGAGGCUGGAGCUCAGCACCAUGCUUAGCCAAUCAGAGCACAUUACGGAGGCCACGCUUGCACAUUAUUAAAGUCACAACCAGUGGCGGUGGGUCUAUAGAGGGCGCUAGGGCGCCGCCCCUCCGUGAAAUAUUCACUUGAAUAUUCAACUAUUAUCAAUACGAAAUAAAUCAACAAAAAUACAUAGCGUUUAUCCUCGUUUCGUUUGAUUUACUUGUCAAUGCCAGCAACCAUUUAAAUGCGUCUGAACGUCAAUGAUUUGGGCUAGGCUAGUUAUUGGUCUUUCUAAAUAAAGCCCUCCUCCAAGUCAGGCGCGCCGGCCUCGUUGA